AGGUUAGUUUCUGUACUUUCUGUCAUCUUGACAAUACCUUGACAGCUUAUUAAGUUUUCUUUCUGCUUUGAUCAUUGAAGAUUUAUCUACUUUGAAUGGUUCUGGGUCGUUUAUUGGUUGUGUACACAGUGCACAGUGAUUACAAACAAUUUAAGUUCAAUAAUUGACAUGGACAAACUAUUUCAAAUAGAAUCACUCGACGAGUUCCAAACAGUGGCACAAGAAGUGUUGAGCAAUUUAUAUUGCUCGCGACAAAAACCACAGAAAAUUCCGAUAGAUGACGAAAGUAUUAAUUUGGCUAAAAAAGAAUUCCUAGCAAUAUUGUCUGAGUGUAAUUUUGAUUCCUCAGAAAUAGAAGAGUAUGUGUCCAGCAAGGGGUGGCCAGAGGACAGAGUGAGACUGUUUCUUAGCUUCCUCAAAAGUAAUAAAUCAGAAGUUCUGGUUGCUGCUUUCAAUCACUAUAAUAGUAAUUUUUGUGAAACUGUUGUUGAUUUCAACUGGUGUACAAAAAUGAUUCUGGGGACAAGUGAUUUAAAAACAUUAAAAACACCAUUAUUACAGUUAACUUUUUCAACUUUAAAUAAAAGUGGAAAAAUCAACAAGUCAAUGUAUGAAAUUGAUAAGGAUAUGUUAUCAAAAAUGAUUAACACUUUAGAAAAUAUAAAAUAACAUGAA